AUGUUGUUUGGUGUGAAGUUAGCAAAUGAUAUAUAUCCUGCAUGGAAGGACUCAUAUAUUGACUAUGAAAGAUUAAAGAAAUUAUUAAAGGAGAAUGACAUCAUAAAGGACCCACCUUCCUGCAAUAAUAACAAGAACGAUUCAGAUCUUUGGAAUGAUAAAGAUGAAGCUAAUUUUGUGGAAGCUUUAGAUCACGAAUUGGAGAAAGUUUAUACUUUCCAAAUGAAUAAAUAUGAUACUUUAAUGGAGAAAUUGAAUCAUUUAGAAAAGCAAACCUCAAAUGAAGAUGCAUUGAAAACUUUAGAUUUUCAAGCUUUCCAGCAUGUCUUGGAGGAUAUAUUAAGUGAAUCUCAAGAAUUGGAUAGUUUUAAUAGACUAAAUUAUACAGGAUUCAUGAAAAUAAUUAAAAAACAUGAUAAAUUGCACUCUGGUUACCCAUCAGUAAGAUCAUUAUUAGAAGUUAGAUUAAAGGAAUUGCCUUUCCAUUCAGAAGAAUACUCGCCAUUGUUAUAUCGAAUUUCAUUCCUUUAUAAUAUUCUAAGAAGUAAUUUUGGGACUGUGUCUCAGUCUUUGGCUAGUACUUCAAAACUAUCAAGUGCCACAGGUGAUCAUGAAAUGAGCUUUAAAAGAUUCAAAUUUUGGAUACAUCCAGAUAAUUUGAUGGAAGUGAAAACAAGAAUAUUAAGACAUUUACCAGUACUUGUUUAUGCUUCAGCUCUCACGGAAAAUAAUGAUAUUUUGAAUAGAUUCGACACUGAUCUAAUUGAUACAGAUGGUAACAACAAUAUACCAUCAUCAAACUCAAGUGUGACUAAUAGUGACACUGAAAAUGAAUUGGCACGUAAAUCUUAUGAUCCUAUUAUUACAAAUCUUUAUUUCGAUAAUGAAUUCUUCGAAUUAUAUAAUAACAAAUUGUUGAAGACCAGCACUGCUCCUACCUUAAGAUUAAGAUGGACAGGGAAAUUAAUUGACAAACCUGAUAUUUUCUUGGAGAAAAGAAUGUCGAUUGAAAAUCCAAAGACAGGUAACAUCGAUUUAGAUGAAACAAGAUUGAAAUUGAAACAAAAGUUCAUUAAUGGAUUUAUUUUCAAUGGUGAUAAACAUUACAAAGCAAAUGUAUUGAGAAAAUUGAAAGAUAGUGGGAUCGAUGAAACCGAUCUAAAUAAAAUGAGUUCUGAUUUUGAUGCUAUUCAAACCUUCAUUAUGCAAGAAGAAUUACAGCCUGUGUUAAGAACAACCUACACAAGAACAGCUUUCCAAAUUCCUGGGGAUGAUAGACUUAGAAUGACUAUUGAUUCCGAUAUCCUGUAUAUCAGAGAAGAUUCAUUCGAUAAGAGUAGACCAAUUAGAGAUCCACAUAAUUGGCAUAGGACUGAUCUUGAUUCUGCUGCACCAAUACAAACCAAGCAUUUAAGAACCGGUGAAUAUUCCAAAUUCCCAUUUUCAGUUAUGGAAAUCAAAAUUAAAAAUGCAGCUCCCUCAAAAGAUUCAGAUAAAGGUUCAUCUAUGUCUACAGCAAAAUUACCCAUCAAACAUGGGCAAUGGAUUUAUGAUUUAACUAAUUCUCAUUUGGUUAAAGAAGUCCCAAAAUUUUCAUCAUAUGUUCAAGGUGUUGCAUCAUUAUUCGGGGAAGACGAUAAAUUGGAUAUCUUACCUUUCUGGCUACCAGAACUAGAAAACGAUAUUAGAAUUGAUCCAAAACAAGCUUAUGAAGAGGAACAAUUAAAAUUAAGAAAACAAAAGGAAACGCAAGCAAGGAUAGACGGCUUGAGAAGAUUAUCAAAAGUUGAUAAUUCUUCACAGCCAUCUGAAGUUAGUAUUCAAAGACGAUCAGCGUCGCCAGCUCAGGCUGAGGAAGAAGAUACAAGACCCGAAGCAGAUUUAGAAGAUCAUGAAUCUUCUGAUGAAGAAGAUAAUAAUAAUGUCCAGAGGCAAAGAAGAAAGAAAGAUAAGAGAAAAACUAAAACAGGCCAAACUUUCUUCAAAAUUUUGGCAGGCCGUGACUCAAAAUUAACUGGAGUUGAUUCUGAAGAUGAGGAAAUACAUUUACCUCCCGGUGUUAAAAAACCAACGAGUUUUCUGAAAAAUGCAGGACCAUUGAAGAUUGAAGCAAAGGUUUGGUUAGCCAAUGAACGUACUUUUAAUAGAUGGUUGAAAGUCACUACUUUAUUAAGUAUCUUGACGUUUUCCAUUUAUAAUUCUGUUAAAAAAUCAUCUUUCCCUCAAUUAGCAGACAUGAUGGCCUAUAUAUAUUUUGCGCUAACUUUAUUCUGUGGUAUAUGGGCAUACUCCACAUACAUAAAUCGUUUGAAAAUCAUUAAGGAAAGAAGCGGUAAACAUUUGGAUGCUCCAUUAGGCCCAUUGGUUUUGGCUGUUAUACUGGCAUUCACGUUGAUAGUUAAUUUUGGUGUUGCUUUUAGAGAAGAAGCUAAGAAUCAAAUACUAAGAAACCAACAAUUAUCUGUCCAAUCAGAUCCUCCAGUACAACUUUCUGAAACAUUAACCAAAAUUCAAAAUUUCAUAUUCUAUCUUGUAGGUGCAACUACGAAUUAA